UUUUUUUAUGUGUACACGAGCUCAUCUGCAAGCUUACACAAUCUCUUCUGUAAGCGUCAGCAAACAUAGUUUACCAAUGGGAAAAUAGCGAAAAGAAUAUAUAUCAUUAAUAUGGUAUGAGACUCGAGUCGAAGGAAAAGUCCAUGUUUGUUUUUAUCUUCAUUUCAUUGUUUAUUUUUCAGUCUCGGUUUUUAAAAGUCUGACGUUUAAUGCACCACGGUGCAUGAAGGGUUAAACGGUAACAGGAAGUUUGUCCGUAACGCAUAAAGGCGCUUCCUGUGCCCCUCUCCAAAGAAACAAUUUGUUAAACAUUCAUGGCUUGAUGGUUCACAAAGCAACCAGACGUAAAUAAACUGCAGCCCAAGAUGAACUACGUACCAGGGACGGCCAGCCUGAUUGACGACAUUGACAAAAAGCACCUGGUGCUGCUCCGGGAUGGCAGAACACUGAUCGGAUUCCUCAGGAGCAUUGAUCAAUUUGCCAAUUUAGUCUUUCAUCAGACAGUUGAGCGCAUCCACGUGGGGAAGAAGUUUGGUGACAUCCCACGGGGAAUAUUCAUCGUGAGGGGAGAAAAUGUGGUGCUGCUUGGCGAGAUAGACGUGGAGAAGCCCGCUGACACGGUCCUGCAGCAGGUUUCUAUCGAGGAGAUCCUGGAGGAGCAGCGGCUGCAGCAGCAGGCCAAGCAGGAGAUGGAGAAAGUUAAAAUGCAAGUGUUGAAGGACCGAGGCCUUUCCAUACCCAAAGCUGACAACUUGGACGAGUACUAACAUUGCUUUGUUUGCAUGAGCCUCUUCCUCAGUUUGUAUCAGACUGAUAAGUUUUAUGUUGAAUUAUGAGGGUGUGUUUUUUCUUUUUUUUUCUUCUU